AUGUAUGUAGGUGUGUUUCUUUUGCAGUACGAGCGUCCGGGAGCGUCUCCGAAGAGAAACUCUGACGGAGAGUUUUCUUCUGAACCAGUCAAACGUCAGGUGGACAUCCUGGAGCUGAAGGACCUGGAGAAGGAGUACAUUCUGUCCCGCAGUCGCCUCACGCUCGCUCAGCAUCAUCAGCCGUCUGCCGCCAUUGCUGGCAGCUCCUCGGCCGUGGAGAUGGUGUCUCUGCUGAUCCAAACUGGACUUUUUGACUCGGCGUUGUCCGUCUGUCAAACCUUCAACCUGAACCUGACUUCUGUCUUCGAGGGUCUGACCUUCAAGUGCAUUAAGCUGCAGUUCGGGGGGGAGGAGACUCAGAAUGAAGCCUGGAGCUGGUUGGCUGCUAAUCAGCUGUCGUCUGUCGUCAACACCAAAGAGUCCAGUGCUGCAGACGAGGCGUGGCGGCUGCUCUCCUCGUACCUGCUCAGGUAUCCGUGUGCUAACGGACAACAUCACCGCUGUGUCAUCAAUAAGCUGCUGUCGCACGGAGUCCCGCUUCCUGAUUGGCUCAUCAAGUCUUACAAGGGUGUGGACGCUGCGUCUCUGCUGCGUCUCUACCUGAACUUUGACCUCCUGGAAGCUGCAGCGGAGCUCGUGUUGGAGUACGUGGACGCUCUGCUGGGGAGAGGACACCAGUACUUUGGCAUAGAGAGGCCUCUGUCGGCAACUUCCUCUUUGGUCUGGCUGCCGUACACGUCCAUCGAUCAGCUGCUGCAGACUCUGAACGAGACGCAGACCAACAGCAGCAUGUAUAAUAAAGUUCGAGACAAACUGGACGAUUAUCACAAGCUGGUGGAGCAGACGACCAAACGCAGACUCGUCGCUCACUGACCGACCAAUCACAGCGGACUAUGUAAAUGAGCUGUUUGUGUUUAGUUUUUUAUAAAAAUCGUCUCUUUUGUAUUCCUGAAUGUUCAUUGUGAUGAAAUUAAAGUUUUUUUCUCGCA